AUGUUCAAAAUUUUCGUAUUGCUAAUUUUAGUGCAAGUUGCUUCAUCUCUAUUUUUCCCAUCUGUCAGUCCUUCGGGAGGAUGUGGAUGUGGAUGUGCGCCACCACCACCACCGUAAGUUUUGGAAUUUUUAGCGGUAAUUUCUAAAACAUUCUAGCUGUGGCUGCGGUGGUCGCAAAAAACGUGAAGUCGGACAUGUUCGCGGACAUCUUACUCAUUUAAAAGGUGAUUCAUCACACGAAAUGAACAAUCAAUGCAACAGUCAAGAAUUAUCCGAAGUUAUUCUCAAACAUUUGUCAAAAGAUCAUCUCAAACAAUCAAGAGAUGCAAUUUAUAAGGAAUUGGAUGCAGCAUAUCCGGAAAAUAUGUUUACUGUUAUUUGUAUGGCAAAUGCGACAGCAAGUUUCCAAGCUGAUGCAGCACAUUAUUGUUUGGAAGGAAAUGAGAAUGGACAUUGUUAUGUUUUCGGUUUUUAA